AUGGUGGACGCGGCGGAGUGCGGGGUGUGCGGGGUGAAGGUGAUGUGUCGCUUCAGGCCGCUGAACGACGCGGAGCGGAGCCGCGGAGACAAACCCGUCCCCAAAUUUAACGGAGAGGACACGGUGGUGGUGGCGGGGAAGCCAUAUGUGUUUGACAGAGUCCUCCCUCCAAAUACUGAGCAGGUUCAGGUGUACGACACCUGUGCGAGACAGAUCGUGAAAGAUGUGUUGGGAGGAUACAACGGGACAAUCUUUGCUUACGGUCAGACGUCCUCUGGAAAGACUCACACCAUGGAGGGGAAUCUGCAUGAUCCUCGUCUUAUGGGAAUCAUCCCUCGUAUCGCCAGAGACAUCUUCGACCACAUCUACUCCAUGGACGAGAACCUGGAGUUUCACAUCAAGGUUUCUUAUUUUGAAAUCUACUUGGAUAAAAUUAGAGACUUACUGGAUGUGUCAAAGACAAACCUGGCGGUUCACGAGGACAAAAACAGGGUUCCUUUCGUUAAGGGCUGCACGGAGCGUUUUGUUUCCAGUCCUGAUGAGGUGAUGGACGUCAUCGACGAGGGAAAAGCAAACAGACACGUUGCUGUCACCAACAUGAACGAGCACAGCUCUCGCAGUCACAGUAUUUUUCUGAUCAACAUCAAGCAGGAGAAUGUGGAGACGGAGAUGAAACUGUCAGGGAAACUUUACCUGGUCGACCUGGCGGGCAGCGAGAAGGUGAGUAAAACAGGAGCUGAAGGCGCUGUGCUGGAUGAAGCCAAGAAUAUCAACAAGUCUCUUUCUGCUCUGGGCAACGUCAUUGCUGCUCUGAGUGAAGGAACGAAAACCCACGUCCCAUACAGAGACAGUAAGAUGACGCGAAUCCUGCAGGAUUCUCUGGGAGGAAACUGUCGAACCACCAUAAUCAUCUGCUGCUCUCCGUCUGUUUACAAUGAGGCUGAAACCAAGUCCACCCUCAUGUUUGGGCAGAGAGCUAAAACCAUAAAGAACACAGUGUCUGUGAACCUGGAGCUGACUGCUGAGGAGUGGAAGAAGAAGUUUGAGAAGGAGAAAGAGAAGAGCAGAAGUCUAAACGUCAUGAUACAGAAACUGGAGAAUGAGCUGAAACGCUGGAGGAAAGGUGAGUCUGUACCUGUGGAGGAGCAGCUGAGCAGCAGAAACAAGACAAGCAGCAGCAGUGAGACAACAGCAGCGAUUGACAGCUUGGCCCCACCCCCCGUCCCCCUGUCAGACAAAGAGAAGACGCAGUACGAGACGCUCAUCACCAACCUGUACCAUCAGCUGGACGACAAGGAUGAUGAAAUCAACCAGCACAGUCAGACAGCCGAGAAGCUCAAACAGCAGCUGAUUGAUCAGGAUGAGCUGUUGGUGUCGAGCCGUCAGGACUACGAGCGUCUACAGGAGGAGCUAUCGCGGCUGCAGAGAGACAGUGACUCAGCCAAAGAGGAGGUGAAGGAGGUGCUGCAGGCCCUGGAGGAGCUCGCCGUCAACUACGACCACAAGAGCCAAGAGGUGGAGAACAAGAACUUCUGCAACGAACAGCUGAACGAGGAGCUUGCACACAAAACCGUGAGUCUGGAAGCAGUUCAGAGGGAGUUGUCCACCCUGCAGGAGAUCAGUUCUCAUCAUAAGAAGAGGUCAGCAGAGAUCCUCAGUCUGCUUCUCAGAGAUCUCAGUGACAUAGGCAGCAUCCUCGGUACCACUGAUCUCAAAGCUAUGACGGAGACGAGUGGAGUUAUGGAGGAGGAGUUCACCACAGCUCGUCUCUAUGUCAGUAAGAUGAAGUCGGAGGUAAAAUCUCUCGUGAACCGCAGCAAACAGCUGGAGGUCAACCUGACGGAGAACAUCUGCAGGAUGGAGGCCAAUGAGAAGGAGCUCAACACCUGUCAGCUGCUUGUUUCACAGCUCCAAGCAAAGAUUGCGUCUUUGACAGAAGACCUGCAGAAGGUGGAGCAGAAGAAGAGGAAGCUGGAGGAGAGUCAAGAUGCUCUGAUGGAGGAGGUGGCCAAACUCAACGCUCAAGGUCAGAUGCACGAGGUGAUGGUGAUGGACAAAGAGAAAGAACACAUGAGCAGACUGAAGGAUGCGGUGGAGAUGAAGAGAACUCUGGAGGAACAGAUGGAGAACCACCGAGAGGUUCAUCACAAACAGCUGAGUCGCCUUCGAGAUGAGAUUGAGCAGAAGCAGAGAAAUGUUGACCAACUCAAAGAUGUGAAUCAGGCCAUGCAGCUGGAGAACAGGAAGCUUCAGUCAGACUUGGACAAACUGAGAGCUGAGGAUCACAACAAAGACCAGAAACUCCAGAAACUGCUUUUCCUGAAUGAGAAGAGAGAACAAGCCAAAGAGGACCUGAAGGGUCUGGAGGAGACUGUGGCCAAAGAGCUUCAGAUGCUAAACAACCUUCGUAAAGUCUUCAUCGAGGACAUCGGCACUCGAGUCAAGAAUAGUUCAGAGAACGACUGUGACGAGGCUGGUGGCAGUCUGGCUCAGAGACAGAGGAUCAUCUUCUUAGAAAAUAACCUGGAGCAGCUCAGCAAGGUCCACAAACAGCUGGUGCGGGACAAUGCUGACCUUCGCUGUGAGCUGCCCAAGCUGGAGAAGCGUCUGCGAGCCACCGUAGAGCGAGUGAAAGCACUGGAGGCUGCCUUGAGAGAUGCUAAGGAGUCGGCUGUGAAGGACCGCAAACGCUAUCAACAGGAAGUGGACCGCAUCAAAGAGGCUGUCCGGUCUAAGAAUGUCACCAGGAGAGGACACUCUGCUCAGAUAGCAAAGCCUAUCAGAGCUGGACAUCAGCACCCAUCCUCCUCUCCGUCUGUCAGGCCAUCCAUCCGAGGAGGGGGGGCGACAUCCAGUCCACGUCAUCACUCCUCCCGGCAGCAAACACAGCAACAACAACUCCAUCAGAGCCAGAGCAAGUAG